CACUCCUGUUUGGGCCGUUUUGAUCUCGCUGGGUCAGCCAUAGGUUCCCAGCACAUCUGCUUCUAUGGCGCCCAAACAUGGUGGUAGUACUGGAAUGGGGAAGAAUGCCCAAGUGCGGAACAAGAGUGCAAACCCAAAUCAGAUCACAGCUGAACAGCUUCUCCGAGAGGCAGUAGAUCGACAACAGGAGGAAGCCGUGGCACCUAAGCAACGCAUCGCGGAUGAAGAUGAGCUGAUGAUGUACAAAGUGCGGAAGAGGAAGGAGUUUGAGGAUGUGAUUCGUCGACAGCGACAGAAUAUUGGCUCCUGGGUGAAGUAUGCGCAAUGGGAAGCCUCGCAGCAGGAAUUCCGACGUGCCCGCUCCAUCUUUGAGCGUGCUUUGCAUGUUGAGUACCAAAAUGUAAGCCUUUGGCUGAAAUACCUGGAGAUGGAGAUGAAGAACAAGUUUGUGAAUCACGCACGAAACCUCUUCGAUAGAGUUGUCCAGCUACUUCCAAGGGUGGACCAGUUCUGGUACAAGUAUGCCUACAUGGAAGAGUUGCUGGCAAACUAUGCAGGGGCCCGCACCAUCUACGAGCGAUGGAUGGAAUGGGAGCCUGAUGACAGUCCGUGGCUCCAAUACGUCAAGUUCGAAGAAAGGUGCGGUGAGCUGGACAAGGCUCGAAAGGUAUUGGAGCGAUAUGUCAGCUGCCGACCAACCCAACAGGCCUUUCUGCGUCUCUGCAAAUUUGAGGAGAAGCAUAACAAUGCGGCUCGCGCACGCUCGGGCUUCGAGAAGUCUGUUGAACUGUUGGGCCAAGAACUUGAUGAGAAGUUUUACAUCAAGUUUGCCCAGUUCGAACAACGACAAAGGGAGAUGGAGCGAGCGCAGGCCAUCUUCAAAUUAGCGUUGGACAUCCUGCCAAAAGGCGCCAGCGAUGAACUCUAUCGCGCUUAUGUGUCUUUCGAGAAGCAGCAUGGCGACAGAGACGCUAUUGAAGAGGUGGUCAUCAACAAGCGGCGCUUCAUCUAUGAGGAAGCAAUCGUGAAGAAUCCGCGGAACUACGAUGUGUGGUUUGACUACGUGCGCUUAGAGGAAAGCGUCGGCGAUGUAACCAGGAUACGAGAGACUUAUGAGCGCGCAGUAGGGAACAAACCACCUGUGAUGCAGAAACGCUUUUGGCGACGAUACAUCUAUCUCUGGAUUUACUUCGCACUUUUCGAGGAGCUGCAAACCGGAGACAUUGAGAAGGCUCGCGCCGUCUACGAUGCGCUGUUGAAGGUGGUCCCCCACAAACAGUUCUCCUUCGCGAAGAUUUGGAAGCUUUACGCCGAAUUUGAGGUGAGGCAGCUGGAACUUGACCGUGCACGACGCAUCUAUGGCCGGGCCAUUGCCGAGUGCCAGAAGGAGAGAAUUUUCCUGGACUACGCCGACUUGGAGAUGCGCUUGGGCAACAUCGACAGAUGCCGCACAAUCUAUGGCAAGUUUCUGGAGGUUCAUCCACAUAAUCCUAAAGCUUGGACAGUGUAUGUGGACCUCGAGGACUCCGUGGGCGAGAUUGAGCGAGCACGGGCACUUUGCGAACUCGCAGUCAAUCAGGAGCGCUUGGACAUGCCAGAGCUGGUCUGGAAGCGCUUUAUUGACCUUGAGGUGAGUCAAGAGCAGCUUGACAACGCGAGAAAGGUGUGGCAGCAGUUGCUGGGCAAGUCACACCAUGUUCGGGUGUACAUCGCCUAUAGUGACUUCGAGGCGGUGACAUGCCAAUCAAUGGAAAAGGCCAGAGAAGCUCUAGAUGAUGGCCAAAAGCACUUCAAGGUGGAAAACCGCAACGAGGAGCGUGCCAUGCUUCUGGAGCACUUGCUGAAACUGGAAAGAGAGCAUGGUGACGACACCUCCAUCGAGGCCGCCGAGAAGCGACAGCCGAAGCGGGAGAAAAAGAGGCGAGUCAUUCCUGGUGGCGAGGGUGAAGAUGGUCAGGAAGCUUAUGAGGAAUACAUGGACUAUGCCUUCCAAGAGGACAACAAGGAACAGCAGAACCUCAAAAUCCUGGAGAUGGCUCGUAUGUGGAAGAAGAGAAAAAUUGAAAGCUCGCAGUAGAACGACCCAUGCACCAGGAAUUCAGGCGGUGCCGAAUCUGAGCGGGGCCUGGGAGCG